GGGAAAUUUAUAGCACUGCAAGCCUUCCUCAAGAGAACGGAAAGAAAGGAAGUUAACAACUUAAUGGGACAUCUGAAGCAACUGGAAAAGGAAGAACAUUCCAACCCCAAACCCAGUAGAAGAAAAGAAAUAACCAAAAUUAGAGCAGAAUUAAAUGAAAUUGAAAACAAAAGAAUUAUAAAAGAGAUCAAUAAAUCAAAAGGUUGGUUUUUGGUGGCACGUGAGGUGGUCCCUUGGAUCUGUGUCUUGCUUCAACAGUGCUUGGAUGGAACAGACCCGGGGACUCCCGUUUUUCCAGCUUUCGGCAAUUUUCCAGUCUCAUUCUUUUCUUUUCCACUUGCAAUCUCUGGGACCUUCUUCACUUCCAUCUCCUGCCUCUGGAGCCAGCUAACACCGUUUUUUUAUGGUUAGUUCCUUAUUACUGAUCAACCAUGAGCUCCCAGAUUUGUCAGAAUUAUUCCACUGAUGUGGAGGCUGCCGUCAACCGCCUGGUCAACUUGCAUCUGUGGGCCUCCUUCACCUACCUCUCUCUGGGCUACUAUUUUGACCGCGACAAUGUGGCUCUGAAAGGCGUGGGCCACUUCUUCCGCGAGUUGGCGGAGGAGAAGCGCGAGGGCUCUGAGCGUCUCUUGAAGAUGCAAAACCAGCGUGGCAGCCGCGCUCUCUUCCUGGACGUGCAGAAGCCAUCUCAAGAUGAAUGGGAUACAACCCUGGACGCAUUGGAAGCCACCUCAGCCCUGGAGAAGAGCCUGAACCAGUCUCUUUUGGAUCUUCAUACCCUGGGUUCUGUCCGCACAGACCCUCAUCUCUGUGACUUCCUGGAGAGUCACUUCCUAGAUGAGGAAGUGAAACUCCUCAAGAAGAUGGGCGACCACAUGACCAACCUCCACAGGCUGGCUGGCCCCCAGGCUGGGCUGGGCGAGUAUCUCUUCAAAAGGCUCACUCUCAAGCACGACUAAGAGCCUGUGGAGACCAGUGACCUCUGAGGAGCC